GGACCACUGGCCUCACAGAACCCAGGAAACUGACCAAGAAAAACAGCGGAUGGUGUAGACAGCUUCUAAAGAUCCUGGGUGUUGACUGUGUUAUGGAUAAGUGAGGACAGAGAGGAGGGACUCUCUGCCUCUAAACCAGAUCCGUGUGAGGAAUAUGAUGACCAAACCAGAGCUCACAGAGAAACAGGAGAGGAUGGACUCUCCUCCAACCAGCUGUGUGUCCAUGAAGAGUGACUGGUCCAUGGGGCUACCAUUUCAAUUUAAAGGACAAUGUUCUUCUGAAACUAAGCCAGAGAAACAGGAGAGGAUGGACUCUCCUACACCCAGCUGUGUGUCCAUGAAGAAUGACUGGUCCAUGGGGCUACCAUUUCAAUUUAAAGGACAAUGUUCUUCUGAAACUAAGCCAGAGAAACAGGAGAGGAUGAACUCUCCUACACCCAGCUGUGUGUCCAUGAAGAGUGACUCAUUCGAGAUUGAACCUGUCUCUUUUGAAAAGACAAAUGCUUCAGAAACUAUGGUUCAGCAGAGUUCAGAGGAUCCCAGGGUUCAGUCUACUCAGGAGCAACAAACACACCUGGACCCUAUAUUUACGAUUCUUAAAGAGAACAUUGUCAGCUUUGUGACCGAUGAGUUGAAGAAUUGUCAGCAUCUUCUGAGUCUGGACCAAGAAACCUUAAAGAGUCAGAGGGAGAAAGACGAGGUGGAUGGUGAAGAGAAAGAACAGAGGAGCAUCAUCAGAGAGGCUUUUCUGAACAUCACCCUGCACUACAUGAGAAAAAUGAAACAAGAGGAGCUGGCUGACUCUCUGCUGAGUAGAACUUCUUCUGGACUGUGUCAACGUAAACUCAAAUCAAAUCUAAAGAAGAAGCUCCAGUGUGUGUUUGAGGGGAUCGGUAAAGCAGGAAACUCAACCUUUCUGAAUCAGAUCUACACAGAUCUCCUCAUCAAAGAGGGAGAAUCAUCAGAGGUCAAUGAUGAACAUGAAGUCAGACAGAUUGAAACAGCUUCCAGGAAAACAGAUGAACUGGAAAAUAAAAUCCAAUGUGACAACAUGUUUAAACCAUCAGCUCACAGAGAUGAACCAAUCAGAACAGUGAUGACAAAGGGAGUGGCUGGCAUUGGGAAAACAGUCUUAACACAGAAGUUCACUCUGGACUGGGCUGAAGACAAAGCCAACCAGGACAUCCAGUUCAUAUUUCGAUUCACUUUCAGAGAGCUUAAUGUGGUGAAAAAGAGAAAGUUCAGCUUGGUGGAACUUGUACAUCAUUUCUUCACUGAAACCAAAGAAAUCUGCAGGUUUGAAGAGUUCCAGGUUGUGUUCAUCUUUGACGGUCUGGAUGAGUGUCGACCUCCUCUGGACUUCCACAACACUGAGAUCCUGACUGAUAUUACAGAGUCCACCUCAGUGGAUGUGCUGCUGACAAACCUCAUCAGGGGGAAACUGCUUCCCUCUGCUCGCCUCUGGAUAACAACACGACCUGCAGCAGCCAAUCAGAUCCCUCCUGAGUGUGUUGACAUGGUGACAGAGGUCAAAGGGUUCACUGACCCCCAGAAGGAGGAGUACUUCAGGAAGAGGUUCAGAGAUGAGGAGCAGGCCAGCAGCAUCAUCUCCCACAUCAAGACAUCACGAAGCCUCCACAUCAUGUGUCACAUCCCAGUCUUCUGCUGGAUCACUGCUACAGUUCUGGAGGAUGAGUUGGAAACCAGAGAGGGAGGAGAGCUGCCAAAGACCCUGACUGAGAUGUACAUCCACUUCCUGGUGGUUCAGGCCAAAGUGAAGAAGGCCAAGUAUGAUGGAGGAGCUGAGACAGAUCCACACUGGAGUCCAGACACCAGGGAGAUGAUUGAAUCACUGGGAAAUGUGGCUUUUGAUCAGCUGCUGAAAGGAAACCUGAUCUUCUAUGAAUCAGACCUGACAGAGUGUGGCAUCGAUAUCACAGCAGCCUCAGUGUACUCAGGAGUGUUCACAGAGAUCUUUAAAGAGGAGAGAGGACUGUACCAGGAAAAGAUGUUCUGCUUCAUCCAUCUGAGUGUUCAGGAGUUUCUGGCUGCUCUCUAUGUUCAUUUGACAUUCAUUAAUCAUGGUGUCAAUCUGCUUGGAAAAUCCCAAAACUCCUCCCUGUGGUCCAACUUGUUUGAAGAUGAACCUGACCUGGAUCAUCUCCACCAGUGUGCUGUGGACAAGGCCUUACAAAGUUCAAAUGGACACCUGGAUCUGUUCCUGCGUUUCCUCCUCGGUCUUUCACUCCAAACCUGUCAGAUUCUUCUACACGGCCUGGUGAGAGAGAGAGGAAACAGACUAAAGACCAAGAGAAAAGCAGUGAAGUACAUCAAGAAGAAGAUGAGAGAUGAUCUUCCUACUGAGAGAAGCCUUAAUUUGCUCUACUGUCUGAAUGAACUGAAGGACGAAUCACUAAUAGAGAAGAUCCAACAGUACCUGAGUUCAGGAAGACUCUCAGAAAAGAAGCUCUCUCCUGCCCAGUGGUCAGCUCUGGUCUUUAUGUUACUGUCAUCAGAAGAAGAUCUGGAUGUGUUUGACUUAAAGAAAUUUUCCGCUUCAGAAGAUGCUCUGGUCAGGAUGCUGCCAGUCAUCAAAGCCUCCAGAAGAGCUGUGUUGAAUGAUUGUAACAUGUCAAAGAAAAGCUGUGAAGCUCUGGCCUCAGUUCUCAGCUCCCAGUCCUCUUGUCUGAGAGAGUUGGACCUGAGUGAUAACAACCUGAAGGAUUCAGGAGUGAAGCUUCUUUCUGAUGGACUGAAGAGUUCACACUGUCUAUUGGAAACUCUGAGGUUGAGUGAUUGUAACAUGUCAGAGAGAAGCUGUGAAGCUCUGGCCUCAGUUCUCAGCUUCCAGUCCUCUUGUCUGAGAGAGUUGGACCUGAGUGAUAACGACCUGAAGGAUUCAGGAGUGAAGCUUCUUUCUGAUGGACUGAAGAGUCACAUUUUGUUUGUUUGUUGUAGGUUGUCAGGUUGUCAGGUCACUAAGGAGGGCUGUUCUUUUCUGGCCUCGGCUCUGACCUCUAACCCCUCCCAUCUGAGAGAACUGGACCUGAGCUACAAUCAUCUAGGAGACUCAGGAGUGAAGCUGCUGUCUGAUAUAAAAGAUAAUCCAGACUGGAGACUGGACACACUCAAGGUGGACCACGGUGGAGAGCAGAGGAUGAAACCUGGCCUGAGAAAGUAUGCCUGUAAACUCACACUGGACUCAAACACAAAACACCAGCAAUUGCAGGUGACUGACAAUAACCAAAAGGUGACGACAGUGAGAGAGAGGCAGUGGCUUUACAUUCCUCUAGAGAGCUUUAACGUCCGUCAGGUUCUGUGUAAAGAUGGAGUUACUGAUCGCUGUUACUGGGAGGUGGAAUGGAAAGGAAAUGUGCUCGUAGCAGUGACUUAUAAACCAAUCAGAAGGAGAGGAAAUGAUGAAGACUCUUGGUUUGGGAACAACAGUCAGUCCUGGAGUCUGUGGUGCUCUGAGAAUGGUUUCUCUCUCUGGCACAACAAACAAGAAAUGGAGCUUCCAUCCUCUUCUUACUCUGUGUCUAGCAGAGUAGCAGUGUAUGUGAACUACUCUGCUGGAACCAUCUCCUUCUACAAAGUCAUUAAUGACAAACUGUUUCCUCUCCACACCUUCCACUCCACCUUCACUGAACCUCUCUAUCCUGGAUUUGGGUUUGGACACAACUCCUCUGUGUCUAUUUGUGAGCUGUAGAUAAAUAUUAAUAAUAUGCUGGUUGAAUAUAUUCAGUGACUGGUCACUGUGGACACACACUUGUUCCAUGUGCCAUGAAAAUUAAAAUUUUACGAGUAUCUCAGCAUGGUGACUUUAAUCCAUGAACAGUCAGCUCUUAUUUCUCAGUAUCAUAUCAUCAUCAUACACUUCACCACAAACAUGUGUUGAGAAGAUCAGACUAAGACAAAUUCCAGAUUUAUAGAACCUAACCCAGGAACUGAACCACAUCGAUUAACUUGUUAUGAUGAUAUGUAAUAUUGGCUAACUUUCUCUAGUAUUUCAGUUCCAUGUAUUUAAUUGGACUCUCCUUGUCUACUUUUAGGACUUGUGUGAAAAUCUGCUAAUGUUUUCUUUUAGUUUUAUCACCAGUCUGUUUACAGUGCAAAACAAGAGGGUACUUUCUGAUGAUCAUAAUGAAUGCAGACCAGACGAUAAACUGAGGAAAAUACACUUGAUUUUUCCACAUUUCUGUAGUGAUUGGUACUAAUGAACUAAUUCUGAAAUACUAAAUAAUAAAAUGUGCACUCCUUUUUA